GCAGUUACAGAGAGAGAGGGAGGGACAGAGAUCUUCCAUCUGCUGGCUUACCCCCCAGAUGACUGCAAUGGCCAGAGCUGGGCCAAUCAGGAGCCAGGAGUCAGGAGCUUCUUCCUGGUCUCCCAAGUGGGUGCAGAGGCCCAAGAACUUGGGCCAUCUUCUGCUGCUUUCCCUGGCGCAUAAGCAGGAAGUCGGAUCAGAAGUGGAACGGCCAGGACUCGAACCGGCCCCUUAUGGGAUGCCUGCACUGCAGACGGCAGCUUUACCCACUACACCACAGCGCCAACCCCUUUGAUUUCCUCUUAUGUCUAUUGAUUGUUUAGGAGUAAGUUGUGUAAUUUUCCAUGUAUGUUUAUGAUUUCUAAAGUUUUUCUAGUUCUUUUACAUGUAAUCAGUAAAGAUACUUGAUAUGAUUUCUGUUCUUUUAAACUUGUUGAGACUUGUGCUGUGACCUACCAUAUGGUCUAUCCUGGAUAAUGUUCCAUGUGCUAUUUUUUUAAAAAGAUACUAGACACCCCCCCCCUUUUAAAAAAAGAUUUAUUUAUUUGAAAGGCAGAGUUAGAAAGGGGGAGAGAAAGAGCCAGAGACAGAGAUCUUCCAUCCACUGGUUCAGUCCUCAAAUGGCUGCCACAGAAGGGGCUGGGCCAGGCCAAAACCAGGAGCCAGGAACCCUAUCUGGUUCUCCUCUUCAGGUGCAGGGGCCCAAAGAAUCGAGCCAUCUUCCACUGCUGUCCCAGGCGUAUUACCAGGGAACUGGAUUGGAAAUGGAGCAGAGCAUCUGGGACUCAAACAGGUGCCCAUAUGGGACACCAGUGUCGCAGGCGCACGUGGCAACUUCGCCCACUACACCACAGUGCUGGCUCCUCCAUGUGCUUUUAAGAAGAAUGUGUAUUCAAGAACUGUUGGACGGAAAGUUCUGUAGAUGUGUGUUAGAUCAAAUUCAUCUAUGGUGCAAUGUAGCUCUGCCAUUGGUUUUUUUUGGCCUAGACUUGUCCAUUUCUGAAACUGUGGUAUUGAAGCCCCCCUACUGGUACUGUAUUAGUGUCUCUCUCUAAGUCUGUUAAUACUUGCUUUACAUGUUUGAUUGCUCCAGUAUUGAGCACAUUUAUAUUUACAAGUGUUGUUUUGGCUUGUUGGAUUGAAUCAUUACCAUUAUAUACCGACCUUCCUGACCUAUUUUUACAUCUUUUUUUAAUUUAAUUUUAAAGAUUUAUUUAUUUAUUUGAAAAUCAGAAUUACACAAUGAGAGAAGGAGAGGCGCAGAGAGAGAGAGAGAGAGGUCUUCCAUCUGCUGUUUCACCCAACCCCCCCAGUUGGCUACAGCGGCUAGAGCUGCACCGAUCCAAAGCCAGGAGCCAGGAGUCUUCUUCGGGUAUCCCACAUGAGUGCAAGGGUCAAAGGACCUGGUCAUCUUCUACUGCUUUCCUAGGCCAUAGCAGAGAGCUGGAUUGGAAGUGGAGCAGCCGGGACUUGAACUGGCAUACCCACAUGGGAUGCUGGUACUGCAGGUGGUGGCCUUACCCACUAUGCCACAGCGCCGGCCCCUUAUUUUUAUCUUUUGAUUUAAAAUCUUUUAUUUCAUAGAAGUAUGGCUAUUCCUGUGUUCCUUUGGGUUCCAUUUGCGUGGAAUAUCUUGUUCCAUCCUUUCACUUUCAGUCUAUGUAUGUCCUUAGAGGUGAAGUGAGUUUCUUGUAAACAGCAUAUAGUUAGGUCCCUCUUUUUUUUUAAGUUUUAUUUAUUUUAUUUGAAAGAGUUACAGAGAGGCAGAGGCAGAGGGGGAGAGACAGAUAUAGAGAGAAAAGUCUUCCAUCCGCUGGUGCACUCCCCAAAUGACUGCAAAAACCAGAGCAGAGCCAGUCCGAAGCCAGGAGCCAGGAGCUUCAUCCAGAUCUCCCAUGCAGGUGCAUGGGGCCCAAGGACUUGGGCCAUCUUCCACUGCUUUCCCAGGCCAUAGCAGAGAACUGGUUUGGGAGUGGAGCAGCCGGGACUCAAACCGGUGCCCAUAUGGGAUGCUGGCACUGCAGGCAGUGGCUUUACCUGCUACGCCACAGCACCAGCCCUCCCCCCCCCCCUUUUAAGAUUUAUUUGAGAGGCAGAGUUACAGACAGAGAGGUCAAGACAGAGAGAGAGGUUUUCCAUCCAUUGGUUCACUCCCCAAAUAGCCACAAUGGCCGGAGCUGGGCCGAUCUGAAGCCAAGAGCCAGGAGCUUCUUCCAGGUCUCCCACUCAGGUACAGGGGCCCAAGCACUUGGGCCAUCUUCCACUGCUUUCCCAGGUCGUAAGCAGACAGCUGGGUCAGAAAAGGAGCUGCCAGGACAGGAACCAGCGUCUACAUGGGAUGCUGGUGCUGCAGGCAUAUUCUUAGUCUACUAUGCCUCAGCGUCAGCACCAGGUCCUGUUUUUUAAUCAGUUCUAUCACUGUAGAUCUUUUAAUUGAAGAACAUAGUCCAUAGCUGGAUUGGAAGCAGAGUAGGCAGAACUGGAGCUGUCACUCUGAUAAUGGGAUGCCAGUGUCUCCAGGGGCACCUUACCCUACUAUGCCACAGCACCCACCUCUGUUGAGUUCAUUUUUAUAUAAGGUAUGAAAUUUAGGUUGAGGUCCAGUUUUUCCUGAAAUUUCUCCAGCACCAUUUGUUGAAGACUCAUAUACUUUACAGGUUCACAAAAAUUCCAUUGGACUGCUUUUGUACCUUUGUCAAAAAUCACCUGGGCAUGCAUGUGUAGGUCUAUUUUUGGGUUCUCCUCUGUGUGCCAUUGAUCUAGCUACUUGUCCUUCUGCCAAUACCGUACUGCCUUGAUUACUUUAGCAAUAUAAUGAGCCUUACUAUUGUGCAGUGACUCAUUUCACUUUAUUAUUCUUUUGCCACAUGGCUUUAGAUAUUCUUAGGGCCUGAGCCUCCUAUAUAAGUUUUAGAAAAACCUGUCUGUUUUUAUUAAGAUCUGUGUUGGGAGGAAUUGCAUCACAGUACUGAUUUUCAGAGUAAGAUACUUUUUUUUUUUGACAGGCAGAGUGAACAGUGAGAGAGAGAGACAGAGAGAAAGGUCUUCCUUUUGCCGUUGGUUCACCCUCCAAUGGCUGCCGCGGGCACGCUGCAGCUGGCGCACCGCGCUGAUCCGAUGGCAGGAGCCAGGUGCUUAUCCUGGUCUCCCAUGGGGUGCAGGGCUCAAACACUUGGGCCAUCCUCCACUGCACUCCCUGGCCACAGCAGAGAGCUGGCCUGGAAGAGGGGCAACUGGGACAGAAUCUGGCGCCCCGACCGGGACUAGAACCCGGUGUGCCGAUGCCACAAGGCGGAGGAUUAGCCUAUUGAGCCACGGCGCUGGCUCCAGAGUAAGAUACUUAUAACUCACUCGCUCAGCUAUCUGUGUUAGCAAAUGUCUUCCCUUCCCAAAAUUUAGCAGUUCUUGUAACCCCACUCAAGGCUCGCUCAUUCACUCAGCAGUUGUUUGGGACUGUUUUCCGUCCUACUGAGUCUUGUUGCAUUGUAAACCCUGUUCUAAGAGUGUUGCUGUGUUGUAAUUGCUGACUUGGAAUGGGAGAGCUAUUUGGUAUAGAGAGAGUCUGAGGUUUCCCUGACUGGGCAUUUGGGACAGAAGAAAAUGUUCUCAAAUUGCUCUUAGCCAUUGCUUCAUUUCAUGUAACAUUCCAUGUCACUUUAUUUCAGCUUCUCGGUUGGAUUAGCAGUGCCACAUGUGACAUUUUAGCUUUACCUAUAAUGGGACAUAAAAACUUGGUUUAUAUACUCUUUCAAACUAGUGUAAAGCCCUGUAACUUGUGUUCUGAGCUACUUAAGGACUUUCACAGUUUUUGAAAGAAAUCUAUUUAAACUCCUGCAGUCAUCUUCUGUCACUUGUCCAGAAGCCAAUUUAUCCUCGUAUCUCUCAUUUGGUCACUUCUGUUUUUUCAAUUUUCUUUUUGUAAAAAAAAAUAAAUAAAUUUGUUGUUAUAUUGGUGUAGUGUAAGGGUGGUAUCCACCUUAGGGCUUGGCCUGCCUGUGUGUCUGGGCUUCCCCUGUGAGUGAGACCUCCACUGGAAAAGAUCAUGACUCAGUCAUUGCUGACCGUCUUUAUUUAGGUUGUUGUUUUUGUUGUUUGUUUGUAUUGGUGUUUUGAACCAAGCACGCCUAUGGAAUGCUGGUGUAGCAGGCAGUGGCUUAACCUGUACGCCACAUUGCUGGCCUCCAAUUUCAAGUCUUUCAGAAAUUACAGAGGGGCCUCUUCCCUACAUUGUGUGGUAUACAUUUAUUCAUUUAUGUUUCCUUAUGGAUGGUUUUGGAGUUAAGAGAGAUAAAUAUGUAUCUCAGACUCGAAAUUUUACUUCUUUUAGUUUUUUAUUUUGGAAAAUUGCAAGCAAGCUUAGAUAAAAGUUAGAAAAUACUGUAUUGACCCUCAUGUACCCAUUUUCAGCUUCUCCAGUUCUCUCUCAACUCAUAGUUGUACUUCCACCUUUACCCAUUCCUGCUGGAGGAUUUUGAAGCAAAACCAAGAUAGAAAAUUAUUUUGUUUGUGAUUUUACAUCACUAUGUUUUGCUGAAAGAGAUCCUCUGUUUUCAGCCUUUAAAUAUGAAAACCUAAACAUCAGAAAAUAAACACCCGUGUAAUUUUUAUCUAGAUUCAGCAAGUGUUAACACUUUCACUUUUCUUGUUUUUUUUUGUUUUUUGGGGGGUUUUUUGUUUGUUUGUUUGUUUGACAGGCAGAGUUAGUGAGAGAGAGAGAGAGGUCUUCCUUUCGUUGCUUCACUCCCCAAAUGGCUGCUACGGCCAGUGCUGCAGCCAGCACACUGCGCCGAUCCGAAGCCAGGAGCCAGGUGCUUCCUCCUGGUCUCCCAUGCGGGUGCAGGGCCCAAGCACUUGGGCCAUCCUCCACUGCCUUCCCGGGCCACAGCAGAGAGCUGGACUGGAAGAGGAGCAACCAGGACAGAAUCCGGCACCCCAGCCCGAACUAGAACCUGGGGUGCCGGCGCCGCAGGUUAGCCUAGUGAGCCGUGGCGCCGGCCCACCUUUUUUGUUUUAACUUCCAUCUGUAUAUGUGUAUUUUUUCAGAAAAAUUUGAAAAUUUGUUACACCCAUUAUAACGCUUUAUCUCUAAAUGCUCUUGGAUGAAUUUCCUCAAAUAAAGACACUUGUUUACCCAACCACAAUAUCAUUAUUAUGCUAAGAAAAUUAAUAGUGAUCUAUGCCAUACUGUAACUUCCCAAAAUCAGACAAUAUUUAAAGGUAAAGAGUAGCAACAGUGUUAGCAGAGGAGGUUGUGAUUAGGGCCUGUAUCCCCAGAGCAUGUCUAUUGUAUAGCCAUCCUUUACAGUAUCCCCACCCCCAGCCUUCUGCUUGAAAUCUCAGCCCUGCAGAAAAGCUGAAAAUACUAGUGUACAGUGAAAAUCCCAACAUCCUCCCCCUAGAUUAACCAGCGACCUAAUUACCACAUUUACUUUUUCUGCUUCUAUGCCCAUGCCACCCCUGUUUGCCAAAAGCUUUGAAAAUAAGCUGUAUAAGCAUCAUGACACUUUUGCAUGUUUCCCCAAGAACAAGGACACUUUCUUUAUAUCAUGGUGAUAAUUAUAUUUAGUGGCCACCAAACUCAUAUUUCUCCAGAUAUCAAAACAUGCAUUUGGACAUUUUUUUUCCCAAGUUACUGGCUAAUGAGUGAUUUCACACUGUGUUCCCUUCUGGUGCCCUUUAAUUUUUUCUGACCUGGAGCAGAUCCCUGCCUUUUUUGUCUUUCCUGAAAUUGCCAUUUUUAAAGUGCUGACUCUUGAAUUAAUAAUCUUCAUGGUUUUAUUUCAUGGUAAACAUUAUUGGCUAGAAUGCUACAAAGAUGAUGUCUUGCUUUUUUAUUUCUAAUAUAUUAUUCUCUUUUCACCUACUCUGUGUUCUUAGCAUUUAUAUAUGAUACCUGUCUGAAUCAACUAUUGUACUGAUGGUUGCAAAAAGCAUGAUUUCACAUUUGUUUUGCUUUUUUUAAGCUAGCUUUUCUUCUGUAAAGAAGCAUGCUCUCCACCCAGAUGUAAAUGUUACUCUUGCACACAAGGAUGGAUCUGUGACAUCAGUCUUUUUUUAGGAAAAUAGUGUUAUUUGAAACACAAACACAGGGAGAAGCUCCUGUCUGCUGUUUCACUUCCUAAAUACCCAUGACUUCUGGGCCAGGCCAGGCCAGGCUGACACCAGGAGUCAGGAACUCAAACCAGGUCUACCACGUGGUUGGCAGGGACCUGAUACCUGCUGCCUCCUAGAGUGUGCAUUAGCAGGAAGCUGGAAUCAGGAGUGGAGCCAAGAGCUGAACCCAAGUGAUAAACUACAGAUGUAAACACUAGGCACUUCAACAUGGGAUGCAGGAGUCCCAAGUGGGGGCAGGACUGGAUUUCAGGCACCUAGUAUGGAUAUGGAGUGUGGAUGUCCCAAGUUGCCACUUAAGCUGGUGUACCCAGUACACCCACACCAGCAGUCUCUUUUGUCUAGCUACUUUAAAGAACUUUGUUCUGAGUCACUGAGCUCUGUGAAUGUAACUUUAUUUUUUUCUUAAUCUGUUCUGCUGAUUUCUGCUUUAAAAAAUUUUUGAGGGGCCAGCAUUGCGACACAGUAGAUUAAGUUGCUGCUCGUGAUGCCGGCAUCUCAUAUCAGAGUGCUGGUUCGUGUCCCAGCUAUUCUACUUCCAAUCCAGCUCUCUGCUGAUGCGCCUGGAAAAGUAGUAAAAGAUGGAUGACCCAAGUACUUGGUCUUCUACCACCUGCAUGGGAGAUCUUGAUAGAGUCCCUGGCUCCUGCUUCAGCCUGGACCAGCCCCAUCUGUUGUAGCCAUCUGGGAGUGAAGCACCAAAUGGAAAAUUGUUCACCCCACCCACACCCCUGUUACUUAGCCUUUCCAAUAUAUGAAAUUAAAAAAAAAAAUUGAGGGGCUGGCACUGUGGCACAGUGGGUUAAGCCAUGGCCUGCAGCACCAGCAUCCCAUAUGGGCACUAGUUUGAGUCCCAGCUGCUCCACUUCUGAUCCACGUCCCUGCUUGGGAGGGUGUGGAGGAUGGCCCAAGUGCUUGGGCCCCUGCACCCGCAUGGGAGACCUGGAGGAGGCUUCUGGCUACUGGCUUUGGCCUGGCCCAAUCCUGGUCAUUGUGACCAUUUAGGGAUUGAACCAGCAAAUGGAAGAUCUCUCUCUGUCUUUCUCUCUGUGUCUCUCUGUGUCUCUCUCUCUCUAACUCUGCCUUUCAGAUACAAUAAAAAAAUAAUUUAUUAUUUAAUAAAAGAAUUCUUUAAAAAGAAUUGAGAUGUAGAGAGAGAGAGACAGACAGACAGACUCCAUCCCUAGCUCACUCCCCAGAUGUCUACAGUGGCUAGGGUGGGGCUGAGAUUGGUGCCAGGAACUGAGAACCUCAGCUAGGCCUGCGACCUGGGUGCCAGGGACCCAGUUUCUUCAGCCAUCACUGCUGCUUCCAAGGUCUGUGUUGACAGGAACCUGGAGUCAGAAGCCAGAGCAAGCAAUCAAACCCAAGCACUGUGGUGUAGGUAUCCUGACUACUAGAACCAUGGACCAGGGUCCCACACUUGGAACAUGGGCUCUGGUGUCAAGACUGCCAGCAAGCCAAGAAGGGCUGGGGUAAGGGAACAAGUGUCAUUCAAGGAUGUGUGUGUGGACUUCACCCAAGAAGAAUGGUACCUGCUGGACCCUGCCCAGAGGGUGCUGUACAGAGAUGUGAUCCUGGAAAAUUACAGCAACCUUGUCUCAGUAGGGUAUUGCUUUACUAAGCCGGAAGUGGUCUUCAAGAUAGAACAAGGAGAAGAGCCCUGGAUAUUAGAGAAAGGAUUCUCAAGCCAGAGCCACUCAGAAAGGAAAUGGGGAGUUGAUGGCCCAUCAGAGAGCAGCCAAGGCGAUCCAGAUGAACACUUCUGGCAGCUUGUGUUCACCAGCAACAACACAGUAAGUGCAGAAAGUGGUGACAGAGUAAGGAAAAUCUCUAAUCUGGGCGCAGACCCUGUUUCUUCAAGAAAUUUUCCCUGUAAAAUUUGUGAUUCAUGUGAACUAAGCUUGAAAAAUAUCUCAGGCUUACUUACUGGUAAAAAGAACUAUUCCAGAAAGAAGUCUAAUGAGCUUAAUGUUUGUGAGAAGUUACUGCUUGAUAUUAGGCAUGAGAAGAUUGCUGCUGGAGGGAAAUCUGGUAAAUAUUUACAAAAAAGGAAUGUCCUUAGUCAUCACCAUGGUCUCACUCAGCCAGGUUUUGACCCACCUUUUCAGUAUAAUGAAAAUGGACAAGGCUUCCCUGAGGAGGCAGCCUUUUUAACACAUCAGAGAUCUCAGCUGGGAGAGACGGUCUGUAAAUAUAAUGAAUGUGGAAGAACCUUCAUUGACAGUUUAAAGCUCCGUGGAUCUCCGAGAACUCAUUUGGAAAUGGAGCCAGAUGAAUGCAGUGUGUGUGGGAAGUCUUUCUACAUGGAUUUAAGGUUUGGACAUCAGAGAGCUCUUACAAGGGACAAUCUUUAUGAAUACAAUGAGUACGGUCAAAUUUUUUGUGACAAUUCAACUUUUAUUAUCCACCAGGGAGCUUACUCAAGAAAGAUUUCCCAGGAAUAUAAAGUGAGUGACAAAACUUGGGAAAAACCCCCCCUCUUUAAACAUCAGAUAGUACAUAUGGUAGAAAAGCCCUAUGACUACAAGGAAAAUGGAAAUAAUUUCAGUAAGAAGUCACAUCUCACCCAGCUUCGGAGAGGUCACUCAGGAGAAAAAACCUUUGAAUGUGGUGAAUGUGGGAAGACCUUCUGGGAGAAGUCAAACCUCACCCAGCAUCAGAGAACACACACAGGGGAGAAGCCCUAUGAGUGUGCUGAAUGUGGGAAAGCCUUUUGCCAGAAACCACACCUUACCAACCAUCAGCGAACACAUACAGGAGAAAAACCCUACGAAUGUAAGCAGUGUGGAAAAACAUUCUGUGUGAAGUCAAACCUCACUGAACAUCAAAGAACCCACACAGGGGAGAAACCCUAUGAAUGUAAUGUGUGUGGGAAAUCCUUCUGCCACAGGUCUGCCCUAACCGUGCAUCAAAGAACGCACACAGGGGAAAAACCCUUUAUAUGUAAUGAAUGUGGGAAAUCCUUCUGCGUGAAGUCGAACCUCAUUGUACAUCAGAGAACUCACACAGGGGAAAAACCCUAUAAAUGUAAUGAAUGUGGGAAAACUUUCUGUGAAAAGUCAGCUCUCACUAAACACCAGAGAACUCACACAGGGGAGAAACCCUAUGAGUGUAAUGCAUGCGGCAAGACCUUCAGUCAGCGGUCAGUACUCACGAAGCAUCAAAGAAUUCACGCGAGGGUGAAAGCUCUUUCAGCAUCCUGAACAUCCCAGUCAAACUUGUACCGUUUUUUUAAAUGAGACCAGAGAAAGCCAAAGAAUGCCAUGAAUUACUAGAAAAUGACAUUUGUUUGAAUAUGUAAAAACGUUCAGGAGAAAGUAAAGCUUUUCAUUAGUAAAUGUGUACUGAGGAGGACUCCGUUCAUUUAAGCAAGGUGGUAAAACACUUUAGAAUUUAUGUUGUUUAGUGUUAUAUUCCAGGUGAUACCAAAAUUAUAUUAUAAGCAUAACGGGCAAUAUUCGUUCACAUCCAUAUUCGCAGUGGAAUCUUUUCACAAAAAAUUGAGUGACAACCGCAUUAAGUAUACCUGUGAGAGACUAUGUGAGUAUGUCGAUGCAAUGGAACUUCGCAGUGUGCUUAAUUUGUAUUCAAGCUUGUGAGGAGAAAAUUAUGAACCUUAGUUUAGUAAUUAUUAUGGUAUUUAUUAAUAUUUUUCACACUAGGUAAUGCAGGUAUCUAUAAGUUGUAUGCAUAUGUAUGUGUGUAUAUACGAAUAUGUAUAUAUGUAUGUAUAUGUAAAUGUAUUUGUAAUCACAUACUUAAACACACAUAGUAAGUGAUGUGCCAGCAUCACCUCAUACUCACUGAAAAGUGCUGCUGACAUAUUUUCAGGAAUUUUGCGAGCCAGUUAAACACAGUCAUUAUUUUAAAUUAUAUAAACUGAUACUAAAGUGUAUUUAAAACAAAGUUAAUAAAUAUUCGACACUCAGCACUUCCCAGUUCUUUGGCUACAGCUCACUGUUCCUGUGUUGAAGUUGCUGUGUUACUGAAUCUAUGGUCAGAAUACCACAGAUGCGUGCACUGCGUUGGGCGCCUUCCUUGCUGCAUCCGUCAGUUCCAGCACCUUGGUGGGUUGGCCUUGGUGGGACUUUUUGCACCAUGGACAUUGGCGAACAUGGGGUAUCAGAGGUUUCAUUUUCUCAGUGAACCCAUUGUCAAAAUUUGCCAACACACUUUUCUCUGUGUGUAUGUGAAAAUAUAUUAGGCAGCUUUAAAGUACAAAUCGCAUACCUACCCUGUUUUCUAUUUCCUGGCCUGGCUAUGGCCAUUACUACUGAACUGCCUCUUCAAUAAAGCCAAAAGAUGUUUUAGUGAGGUUUUUAACUACCUCUGAAUCAGUCCUGUUCUAAAGAGAACCAGAGUCUGUAACUUGGCCAAUAUAUGUUUUGAAUGAAAUAUUAUUUCACAACAGUAUCACCUGCCUUUUCUGUUUCCUGGCAUAUUUGAAUGAAUAUGGCCAUAAUUACUGAACUGCUCUCUCCAUAGAAAAAUCAAACAUAUUUUUCCAAGGUUUUUAAGCUACCUCUAGGUCAGUCAGUGAUGUAAUGUAAUUGCUGGUAAUAACAUUGUCAUUGACAUAAAUUAUGCUAAGUUAGCAUCAAUUAUAAACAGUAAUACUCACUGCACUGUACAGAUAAAGAGUGGUCAUAUGAAAUGAAAUGUCCAUCUCAUACUCGUGAUAUUUCAUCGUGGUAUCUGUAGGCAUGAUAUGUGUAACCCUAGUUCUGUGUAACCCAGGAACUGUGUGUUUGUAUUUAGCAAUAUAGGGCUGUUUUCUUAUGCUUCAUUGAAACAAAUGGGUAAGAAGGAUACUGCCCAUCUACUUCUUUCUUGCUUAGCUAAAUUUUAAUCUCUUUGACCAUUCUUUUCCCAGAUAAUUUCAGGGGUAAACCAAAAUUAUUCAAAGCAAAUCAUGGAAAUUAAAUGCUAAUGAUUUUUGGGGGUGGGGAGUGAACAUGUGACCAAUGAGAUGUUUGGAAAAUACUCUGCAUCACUUUGGAGAGAGCUCGGUGGUUAAAUAUUGUCAUGACAUGAGAACCUGUGAGAGUCAUGAGAAGAAAGUGUCCCUCUUCCGCUGGACUUCUUCAUGUCUGUAAGUGAUGCAGGUGUGUCUCUGUGUGUGUGCGGCCCUGCGGGGCAGUAGAUUGAAGAUAACAAUGCACAAGCUGGGAAAAGCAGGCUCAGAGGAGACAUCGCCGAGCUCUGCACUUGCUCUCUGCCAGGACCUUGUAUCUAUCAGCUGUGAUAGUAACUGUUUCUUAUUUGUUCUUAGGGAUGUCUGAUCCUUAGAGCUGAAGGAUCCAACUGACUCAGAGGAACAUUUUUGUAAGUGUUAGUGAUCUAUACAGUGAUUUGGGGAAGAAUUGUGUCUUUUGACACAUUGGUGCUGGUUUAGCUGUUUGUAUCAGCCAUGAAUCAUUCUGGUAGAAAAAAAAAAAAGGAUUCUUCAGUAAAAAGUACAUUAAUGGCAGACAGUACAGAGGUGUGGGCCAGAUGCAAGGGAUAUUAGAAUCCAUAGAGGCUAGCAUCACAGGAAGCCAUUGGCAUUCUGAGACCUCAGAGGGCAAGGAUGGACAGUGUUACCAGAGCUCAGUGACCCACUGUUGUGGAGGAGAGAUGUCUUAAAGAAUUGUGGCUCCAAGCUGCCUGCCUGCCUUUGGAGAACCCAACUACGUGCAUCUGCAGGUGAGCCCAUGUGGGCACAGAGGAGGGUGGAGACAGUCUGGGUGGAGAAAAUGAAGAAUAAGCAGCACAAAUUUUUUUUCAUUUCUGUAAGUUCCUAUGUUUUUAAAAAGCUAAGUAUUAGAAAUAAAAGUUACUCUACUAGUCAAAAGUGGUGUUUCUGCUUCCUUGUGCUUUCAGAUCAGCAUAAGUAAAUUCCUUUUAGAACCAAGCACUCUGGCAGGUUCAUCUCCUUUGACAUGUGUGAAGCAGACGUUGUGGCUGUCCCUGGUGUUCUUGUUCUGCCUUCUUACAGUUAAAUAGCCAGUUGUCCACUGCACUGUUGAACUCACUCCCUAUCUUUGAUUGGGUGUGAUAUAAUCAUGUACUUAAAUAUAAUGUGUUGUGGCUGUUGAUUUUGUCUGUUCUUUGCAACUUUUCUAUGUUCUUCCAGCUGUAGAACCUGAGCUUGUGCAUUUACCCCAGAUGCCCUUGGCCUGCCUUGGUAUUCCUCCAGGAAUGAUCAUUGAUUCCAAAAUAGGCCAAUGAGAAUCCAUUGUGGAAUAUUUUUAUUGGAGGUCACCAGAUGAUCUGUGUCCUUGUUGCUGCCAGCAUUCAUGCCAAGAAAACACAUUUGGGCUGCAGUCUGUUGAGAAUCAGUCCUCAAUACACACACAAAAACACAUUUUCCCAGAGAUGGUGGUGGUAAAAGAAAAAGAAAAAAUAGGGUUAUGUUUGAAUUUUAGAUUUAAACAUGGAGAGGAAAACACUUCACUGGGAAGGCUGCAUUGAGAGAGGAGCCAGCAGAUGUGUGGAGGAAGAGUGUGUAAACAUUUGAUGUGUGUCUGAUACAUAAGCAUGGGUAACCAACAGUUUUAUUUGAGAUUCUGUUUCAUGAUGCAACUCUUAGCCUGGUUACCUGUAACUCUGAUUCUACUUUUUUACUGUACUGUCCUCUAUUAAAAGGAGUACUCAUUCCCAUGUACUAAACUGGUCACAUAGCCAGUGAGUGGGGUCCUCCCCCAGGCACUGGUGUGUAAAGUCACUACAGGAAUUGCUCAGUCAUAAGUUUGUGCUUCUGCAGUGGCAAAGUCAUCAGUCCAGUGCUGGAGUUUGUUUUAGGACUUGGGCUUCUUUCUUUCCCUUCUGUGUUAUGCCCCAUCUCUUCAAACCCAGUCUGUCAUUGUUGGAGAAUGUAGAACCAGAGCCAGUUCAGCUCAGCUCUGGGGGUCCUUGAUGCCCUCAGCCUUGAUAUCAUGCUUUCUGCCCCCAGUCAGAAGCCACCGCUGGCACUGCCCUGCACCUCCCCUGAGUCUUCAUCUGCCACUGUCCUGCCUGUCAAGAACUCGAAUGUAGCUGUGCCAUAGCAACCUCUCCCAGCAUAGUGUCAGCAGAGUAAAAGGCAACCCACAGAAUGGAAGAAAAUAUUUGCAAAUCACAUUUGCAAAAGAAAAUACCAAGUGGGAAUUUCCAAAAUGGCUGAAUGGAGAUGUGCACAGUUUGCCCUUUCCUCCACAGAGAAUCACUAAUGCACUUUACGGUGAGUCUCUGAGGGAGAUAUGUAAAACCUGUGGGAAUGACACAUAGAAAAGAGCAAGGCAACUGCAACAUGACCCAGCUCCAUGACCAAGGAUAAACCCAAUUGCAAGGGAAAAGAUAAACAGGAAAGCUUCAACAGAGCCCAUUGCCAUGGAUGCCUUAUCUGAAAAUCCUAGCUAUUGGAGGAACCCACAGUCAUCAUAGACUGUGAGCCCAAUAAGGGGAGCUACCUGGUAUAUGCACAAAAGCUCUACUUCAGAGAUAAGUCCAAGUUUCUCACCCUCUAGCCCCCAGAGCAUAGACUGCAUCAGUGUGCCACCAUCUUGGGAACUGAGACACUGCCAGAACCCAUACUGUCCUAGGAAACAGAA